AUGGCACGUGGAAAGACCUCGCGCGAGGUGCAGAACAUGCGGCGGCGGGCGUCUUCGGCGUCGCGGGGACGGGCCGGGCGGCGCAAGCCGUCGCAGGGCAACUGCUGCAAGGACCCGUAUGGACACUACGAGAACGAGUGGCUGACCUCGCUGUGCGGGGCAUGCGCCAACUCGCCAGGAAACUGCUGCUACGGCCUUCUCUGUCCGUGCUGCUUUGCCUACUCGCAGCGCAAGGAGCUGCUCGACUACGACAUGUCGCAGUACAAGUGCUGCGACAACCGCAUGGGCUGCCUCUCCAAGAUGGUGCCGUGCGUGAGUGGAAACGAGUCGUGCUGCCUCUGCCUCGAGACAUGCUGCUGCUCCAACAUUGCGGUUCACAUCAACCGCUCCAUGGUUCAGGAGAAAUAUCACGUCAGGAGCUCGUGCUGCGACAAGUCCAUCAUCUGCGCCGCCUACAUCUGUGUCUGCAUUGACUGCCUGCUCAAGUGCGGCGGCUCCCGCUCCGACGAGAGCGAGUCGUUCGGCUUCAUUGCCGACUGCUUCUUCUGCUCCGUCAUGUCGUGCAUGCUCUCCCAGCAGCAGUACGAGAUCAACAACCGCGAUCCGUACUCGGUCUCGUUUGGGGGCUCGGACGACUCGUACGGAUACGAGUCGGACUCGUACGAGGCCGCGGUCGUGCUCGCGGCCACAACAAGGGACGCGGCCGAGGCCGCGGUCGCCGCGGCAAGUCCUCGUCGGACGACUCGUCGACAGUAA